AAGUGCAGCCUGCGCUCGUGGGUCUCGUCAGCUGAUCGGAGCAGGAGGAGGCGGUGGUGGGAGAGAGAGGGAGGGAGAGGGCCGAGCCGAGCCUCUUGGCGGUCUCUGGGGGCCGGAGCCAAGGAGGUGCUGCGCGGCGGCGGCGGCGGCUUGGAAGAGCUGUCCGGGCAGGCUGGGCCGGAGCAGCCAUGGCUUCCAUUCUGGACCAGUACGUGGACUCGCUUUCGCACUCGGCUUCCUCGCAGCAGAACCGCGCCAGCCUGGGCAUCCCGCACACGGGUAGGAGGACGGGAAGCAGAAUCCAUUCAUUAGUGCACUUGAGUCUCUUCUUUCAAGCAGCGUGUAUUUCGGCUCUUUCUGCCUCCUCCUCUCUGCUAGGAGUUGAAUGCACAUUUUCCCCAUGCCCCCUUCCAUGGGCGUAGCCAAGGGGGGGGCAGGGAGGGGCAGCUGCCUUCCCCUCAAAAAUAAAUAAAAAUGCAUAGCAAACUGUGGUUCUGCCUCUCCCCCCCCCCCCAACAAAAGGCCUGCAAAAAAAACAACAACCACCAACAAAAAUACUGGAUCCACCCAUGCGCCCUUCGCUUUUAAGGCCGCUCUUUCCCGAGUAAGCAGCCAUAGGCUCUGUUGAGCGAUCAGAAUUCUAAUUCUUCUGGAUCCCUCGCCGGUGUGGCAAAACGUUUUGUUGUCUUCCCUCCUGUUUGUUACUCUCAGAUCAAAACCCCACUGCUUCUGCUUCUUUCUCAGUUCACAACGGAGGCGAUUUAUCUCUUCAAAAUGUUUAGAUCCCACUCUCCUACCUGAGGAGGGGUGUCAGAGAGGUUUAGGGCAAAUCUAAAACAUGAUUAGAACUUUGAAAUAACCAUGUUUGUGUGCCACCACACAAAAAUGAAGCAGCAGAAGUAAUCACUAAGCAGUACCAUGAACGGCCUACUCUUGCUGUCAGAAGGCAUUUGAAGUUGUUUAUAUCUGGAAUUUCAUAGUCUAGAAGAUGCUACUGGAGUAGAAAUUCAGUCCUGUGUCACUGUGUGCUAGGAUGUACAACAGUCUUCUGUGCUGGUUGCAACCCACAGGUAGAUCUGUGGGGGAAGAGAUGGUCCUUCAGAUGCUACAGAUAGUCUCAACAGAACAGAAAUGAUAGUUGAAAAAAGGAGCCCACAGCUGACCUCUUGUUAUACUCUGUCAUACACUUUUUAUUUUUCGUGUCACUCCCAUUUGAAUGAAAAGCAAACAGAAUCUGCGGUUAUCUAGAUGCCGUCCUAUUUUAACACAGGUUGUGAUUUGAGGGUAACCUUAAAGCAGGGUCAAAAUAUGGAAGACAGCUGCCAUAGUGCCUUUCUGUGUUUCAGUUCAGUGCUAAUGGAACUUUCCCAUUCCAGAAUAUAGUAAGGAACUCCUUGGGAAGAACUGAGGCAAGUGGAACAGCAUAGGUCAAUGUUGCAAAGAAUGAAGCCAGAUGAUCUGGAACAUUUGCUUUAGUCCAUGUCAGUUCUUCCAAGUACAUGUUACUUGUGAACAUUUUCCCAGGCUUGUAUUGCCGCUUAUAUAAAUUCCUUUGGCAUCAGGGUUCUCCACCCCUACAUUUGCUUCCAGUGAAUCUGAUAUUAAUUAACUUGGGAAGGGACCCACAACUGCUCAUCCCAUUUUUGUCAUCCACCCUGAGGUAAUAUGGGCAGAUCUUGUUAGCAGAUCUUGUUUAAAGGGGUUUCUACUGUUCUGCAGACUUGCAAUGAAUGUGAGCCUAGGAAAAAUGGGUGUCUUUGAAGGACAGAUGUGGUCCAAAAGCUCUGAUACUAUCUGUUUGUGGAUGAUAAAAAAUGGCUCCAUUUAUGUGUUGUUCUAUGAGGAUGUCACACUAUUUUCCAGUUCAGUGGAAAACUGUGCUUUUCUCCUUGAUCUUGAAAAGAGACAUAUUUAUCUUGGGAAGGUUUCAAAAGUUCUUGAAACUACACAUUUUUAAGUUUCCCAAACAGAAGGCUGUGUAUCUGUGUAGUAAAAUAACAUCCUUGAAUAUUUGUAUGAAUGAAGAUUCUGCAUCUUUCUGUACUGGCCAGUGCGAUUUACUGUCAACUAACGUUUGCGGUCACUAGUGAGAUGAAAGCCCUAACAAAUGUGGUUAAGUGUGUUCAGUGAAAUUGUUUGCAGCUGUCAUUAGCGUGUGUGUUGUAACUUCCUGCAUUUAACGGAACACUUUUAAAAUGGAAAGUGAACCAAAAGGAAAGGGAUAUAUAUUUUGGAAAGCACAUUAGAUUCAUUUCCACUUUGAGUCAUCAUCUUUUAUGUAUGGUAGCUGUAGAUUGAAUGAGAGAUUAUAAUGUUACAGCACAAUGCUGUGCAUGUCUGCUUGGAAACAAGUUGUAUCUUUAUUCUCAAUAUUUCCAGAUUAAUAUCUUUUAACACUGAGAUUCUUAUAGUAGUCUUUGUUUAACCUACUCCACAGUCUGCUUUUGCAUGCAUUUUUUUAUUCACUCAUUCAUUUUACUUGCAUGCCACUUUGCCAAAAAAACCCCAACCAUGCUCAAAGUGGCUUACAACAAAUAAAUGGAUGCAUUUCAAACACACACUACAAAAACAAUUUCAUAUUAACAAAGCAACCAUUUCAUAAUACAGCAAAAAAGCAAUUAAAAUAACACAUCAAACAACCAUAUUCCAAUACAAUAAAUAUAUCAAGAUUACUUAAAUAACAUGCAGCACCCAGCUGUAAAAAUAUCAAGGGGGCUUCACAGUUUCACCAUAGUCCUAGAAGCACCCCUCGCAUGAUGUUGAAUUUUAUUUGCAGUGCAUACAUUUUGCAAACUUGCUUGCAUUAUUACUUGUGUGCUGGUCCUUCUUUUCUGGUUUAUUCAUGGCUUAUAUAAAGCAACUGACUCUUCCUAGAGCUCUUUGGUGUUUUUCUGUUCUUUUGGCACACUCUGUGGGCAUGAGGGUGGGCACUCUGCCCAUGCCUCAACAGGAAUAAAUUAAUGUUUCUUUUUAUUUUAUUUGGCACAAAGGACAGUUAACUGUUUUCAGUAAAUGCAGUGUAUGUAAUUGGAUCACUUUUCCAUGUCUAGUAAGUGCAUGGCAGUUGAGGGUUUAUACACAAGAUUGUGCUGCAGUUUGAUUUCAAUUUUUUAAAACCUAACUGUUUCCUUCUUUUUUAAGGGUAUGUGAAUGCUCGCCUAGAAAAAGAGACCCCAAUUUUUAACAAACAGCGGAUUGAUUUCAACCCCCCUGAAAAGAUUAAUAGCCUGGUUGUCUCUUCAAACCAGCUGUGUAUGAGUCUUGGGAAAGACAUCAUUUUUAGGUAUGUGCAGUCUUUUGUUAUCCUGUUUGAAAUUUCAUAGGGUGUGGGAAGGAUGAAAGAAGAACAUGAUGCUGAAUUCCUCCCUCCUAUUAUUAAUCAAUUUAUUAGACGCUUUCUACUAAAAAAAUAAUCCCAACAUAAAAUUACAAACUAUAAAAAUAUACAUGAAUUGAAAGCAGAGAUAAAGUCAACCCACAACUGUGUCAGUACAAUUUUAAAGCGACCCACACAUCCCCAAGGAAAAUACAUGUAUCAUAAUCGGCACAAAGUAAAUCCCUUAAAUGUCCAGCAAAACCUAAGGAUGUUAACAGUCAGGUGUCUGGUUGAAGAGGAGAGUCUUUAUCUAGUGCCAAAAUGAUGUGAAUGUCUGUAUUUGGUGGACUUUCCACAUUCCACAAAAUAGGGUCCAUAACUGUGAAGGUCCUUUUUCUUGUCACCAUGGAGGCACAUGGCAAAGGUCCUCAUAUGACAACCUCCGGGUCUGGACCCACUACUUUACACAAUCUGUGACUUACUGGGAUUCAGUUUUAUUUAACUAGCCCUCAUUGAGCCCAUUAUGUUGACCAGACAGUGGCCCGGCCCCUUCACCUGACUCAAGUGACUUGGAGAAAAAGAUCUGAGUGUUGUCAGCAUACCGAUGACACCUAACUCUCAAAUAUUUGCUGACCUUUCCCAGCAACUUUAUAUAGAUGUUAGAUAGCAUGGAGGACAGCACAGAACCCUGCAGUACCUCACAGAGUAAUGGCAACAGGACAGAGCAGAAGUUACCCAUCUGGAACUAAUGCUGUAGGUAGGAAGAGAACCACAAUAGCGCAAUGCUCCCAUCUCAUAGAGGCAGUCUCAUAAUAUACCAUGGUUGAUGAUAUUAAAAGCUGUUGAGAGUUCCAGCAUAAUUAACAUCUAGAUGAGGACAUCAGGAACAGAACAUCAGUCAUGGCAACUGAGGCUGUUCCAGUCCCAAAUCCCAGCCUGAAUGAUAAUUCUGCCAAGCAGCAAAGUUUCUGCUAGUCCCACCCAAUCCCACCCCCUAAUUUUCAACCAUUUGCUUUCUUUCCCCUUUUAUGUAGGCUUGACCUGGCCAAGGCAGAUGAGCCUAACCAGGUAGAGCUGGGACGAAAGGAUGAAGCCAGAGUUCACAAGCUCUUUUUGGACCACACAGGUGAGGCAAGAAGAGGAGCUGCAAAGUGCUCUGGCAUCUUCAGUAAAUGCCACAAACAUUAUGUUACGGAGUUUGUUUGUUUUUUGCAUGCAAUAUGAAUGUUUCUGUCUAGAAAAGCCAUCCCUAGUUCACUCCAUAUACAGUAUUAACAAAAUAUAUUUUUCUCCCUUAAGGAAUUUUUUGUAAAGUGCACAUUCAUGUGAAAACACACAUUUGCAGUAGCCUCUGUUAUUCUUUCUUCUUUUACCUAUAGUUUUGGUCAGACCAUCCUGUAAGGGUAUUCCUUCAGUACACUUUUUGCCAAUUAAAUGUGGUCAUAGCACAGUGAUGAUAUUCAGACUUGGAUGUCCAAAAGUCGUUAUCUUAAGAUUUAUCACAGGAGCACUGCAGCUUGUAUGCUUUCUGUCUUCUCAAGAUAAACUGAUCUUUGAGUGAAGCUGGGAAUGUUUCUGUUAACUGAAAUAAGGUAAUGUGUUAGCUGAUAUCUUAAUAAGGGUUUUAAAAAAUAUUCAAAUUUGUAGCAAAUUUGACAUCUACUGACACCAAAAGAAGCCAAAUUCUAAGUCACAUUUAUGCAUAAUUAUGAGUGUUCUCAUUUGGAUAGAAACAAUGAAGGCAAGUAGGAGAUUCCUGAAGAAUAAUCAGGAUUUUUAAUGGCCUUCCUGUCUAAAUGUGUAUGAAGUGAUAUGUUAUACUGUUAUGCUAGGUAUUUAAUGAUAUGACAAAUAUGAUGUGGAGGAGGGGAGAUGAAUAUUUUGUGCUUGUCAAAUUUAUUUCUAGAACCUUCUGAAAACUUUAGGCAUCAGAAGAUGUGUCUAAGGAGAGGAAUUUUGCUAUGAUCCUCUGUUUUCAUCUUUGUUGCUGUGCCCCUUUUUUACUACAGGUUCUCACCUUAUCAUUGCCCUGAACACCAGUGAGUGUCUCUAUUUGAACCGAAGUGCUCAGAAGGUGCGGAUCCUGUCACGCUGGAAAGGUCAUUUGAUUGAAAGUGUGGGCUGGAACAAGUUCCUUGGCUCGGAGAUGAACACGGGCCCCAUUUUGGUGGGAACAUCCCAAGGCCAGAUAUACGAGGCUGAGGUCUCUGUCAGUGAAGGCAGUCUCUUCGGCACUAACCCUGACCAGUAUUUCCGCCAGAUCUAUAACCUAGAAGAGGAGGCAGGACCUGCCCCAGUCUGCUGCCUCGAGAUAGAACGAGGAAUCGAUGGGAAGUGCUUUAUCAUUGCUACUACUCGCAAGAGGCUUUUCCAGUUUGUGGGCAAGAUUCCAGAGGGAUCUGAACAGCAAGCCUUUGGAGCAAUAUUUAGCAUGCCCGCAGAUCACCUGCCCGGCUUCCGCGAGUUUCCAGCUAGCCUUGGCUACAGCGAAAUUGCAUUUUAUACUCCUAAGCUUCGCUCCACCCCCAGUGCUUUUGCUUGGAUGAUGGGCAACGGUGUCCUGUACGGAUCGCUGGACUACGGACGUCCCGACUCUAUUCUUAGCGAUGAGCAGGUCUGGGAAUAUCCAUCUGAUGUAGAUGCGGUAGCCAACAAGCCCAUGAAUAUAGUGCUCACGCAGUUUCAUUUUCUGCUGCUGUUUCCCGACAGAGUGAAGGCUGUGUGUACCCUGAAUGGGCAAGUUGUCUUCCAGGAUGUGUUCUUGGAAAAGUUUGGCUCGCUGAAGCGUAUGAUCAAAGACCCCGCGUUUGGGCAAAUCUGGAUCCACACAGAAAAGGCCGUGUUUCGAUACAAUGUGCAGCGAGAGUCCCGUGACGUGUGGAAGAUGUAUACGAACAUCAACAAGUUUGAUCUGGCUAAAGAGUACUGCAAGGACCGCCCCGAGUGCUUGGAUAUCGUGCUGGCCAAGGAGGCUGAAUAUUGCUUCCAGAACAAGAGAUACCUGGAUAGUGCAAAGUGUUACGCAUUGACUCAAAAUUACUUUGAGGAGAUUGCGCUUAAAUUUAUCGAAGCCAAGCAGGAAGAGGCGCUGAUGGAGUUUCUGAUUAAGAAACUGGCUAGCUUGAAGCCUUCGGAAAAGACUCAGACAACCCUGCUGACCACGUGGCUGACGGAGCUGUACUUAAACCGCCUAGGAGUCCUGGAAGCAGACGCAUCCAAACGGGACCUCUACGAGAAGACCCGGGACAAGUUCCGCAGCUUCCUGGGCAGCCCCAAAAACAAAGACUGCCUGUUCAACAACCGAGCAACCAUUCACGAGCUGCUGGCGAGCCACGGCGACACGGAACACAUGGUGUACUUUGCCGUCAUAAUGCACGACUACGAACGGGUGAUAGCCCAUUACUGCCAGCAUGAGAAUUACAACGAAGCUCUGGAAGUCCUGUCCAAAAUCAGGGACGACGUGCUCUUCUACAAGUUUUCUCCAGUCUUGAUCCAGCACAUCCCCAAGAAGCUGGUGGAUGCUUGGAUCGAAAUGGGAAAGAAGUUGGAUGCCAAGAACCUCAUCCCCGCCCUUGUCAACUACAGCCAGAGUGGGAGCACCGAACAGAUCAACGAAGCCAUUCGAUACAUGGAGUUCUGUGUGAGUGAACUGAAGGAAACUCAGCAAGCCAUUCACAAUUACCUCUUGUCGCUCUAUGCUCUGUGUCGCCCUGACUCGCUGUUGUCGUAUCUGGAACGCGCUGGAACCUACGCCGACAACAUCCACUAUGACCUGAAGUACGCACUUCGGCUCUGUGCAGAACACGGCCACCACCGGGCUUGUGUCCAUGUGUACAAAGUUAUGGAGAUGUACGAGGAAGCUGUGGAUCUCGCUUUGCAGGUAGGGGAACAAUGACCCCAUUCGUUUAUGCACUUGAAAAUGCAUUAGAUUUAUUUCAAAGCUUGAAAGGAUUGUGGAAGUUUUGGUGUAGACAGAAGACCUGGGAAACACUGUUGUCGUAUUCAUUGACUGGAAAGCAAGAGUCUGUUAGAACAGUGUUGUCUAAGGGAAUAAUUGCAUUGCUGGCUUGGUUGGGUGUUCUUUUCAGCAGCAGCUAGCAGUUGUUUGGGGGGAAACUCACAAGAAGCGUAUGGUUAUCUGUCCCAACACCUGGCAUUUUGAGAGAUUCUGUUUCUAGACAACAAGGUUUCAUUUAGCUCUUCUAUGUCACCUUCACGUAAUUGCUGCUGGGCUGUGUACACUUGGCGUCCAUCUACUGUUGGAAGGCUCUUAGAUCCCAGCAGAGACUUCUGUCAGUGGAACAGGGAGUGAAGACAUCUUUGGAAAUUCCCGUUCCCCACUGCAUCGCUUCCAAUCUGCUCCAGAGGGUUGGGAGACCCUUUGGAAUAGCACAGGAAGUAAUGUAACGGGGAGGGCAAAAUCGCCAAAGAUCACCUUGAUCUGUGUUCCACUGGUGGAAGACUCCAAGCCUUUCAUCUGUGGAGAGACGUGAGUUUGAUAUAACCCACUGUCUGUACUUCUUCCAUUUUAUUUUCCUCUGACUUCACUGCUUAGAAUUCCCUCUCCUGGCCAUGUGUAUAUGGGGCACUUCUUGUGGUUCCCCAUGUCCCUAAGGUUCAGUCAGCCUUUAUUAGGGACUGAGCCCUUAACAUGGCAGGUCCUGCCCUGUGAAACUCCCUGCCAGUAGAGGCUCAGCAGGAACCUGGCUUCACUGUCUUUCAGACAAGCGUUUGAAAUGUGAAUUCUUCAACAUGUUCCUCUUUAAGGUGCCAUAUGACUAUUGUUCUCGUGGGCAAUUAAUGAAAGCAUCCAGUAACCUCCGUUUUGUAAGGAGAGCAUCCAAAUGGUCUUCUACAUUAUUAAUUCUCUCUAUGUUAAUAAUAAUAAUGAUAAUGAUAAUGAUAAUAGUAAUAAUAAUAUUAUUCAUACCCUGCCCAUCUGGUUUGGUUUCCCCAGCCAUGUUGGUUAAGAGCAAAAAGUGUGUCCCAUGGGGCAAUGCAACUCCUUUUGAAUUUUUCUGUCUUGUUUCAUCUAUGGAUAGAUGAGUUUUCAAAAUGAUCCCUGACCACUGAAAGCAGCAACCGAAAACAACAUCAAGAUUUCAUUGGGGGAGAUGAGACACAUCAUCUUCCUCUUGUUACCUUUAUUUUUAUGUAACUAUGUCUGGUUCCUCUUACCAGUGUCUUUCCUUUACCAACCAUGUAUUUAGUGACAGGAGCGAGGGGUAUAAAUGGUGACUAGUUCCUUAUCUUUCUUUCCUUCCUUUUUGCUUUGUUCUUCCCAGGUGGAUGUAGAUAUGGCAAAGUCCUGUGCAGACCUCCCUGAAGACGAUGAGGAGCUGAGGAAGAAGCUUUGGCUGAAGAUUGCGCGACAUGUCGUCCAGGAGGAGAAGGAUGUCAAGAAGGCCAUGGCCUGCCUUUCCAGCUGCAACCUGCUGAAGAUUGAAGAUGUCCUGCCAUUCUUUCCAGACUUUGUCACCAUUGAUCACUUCAAGGAAGCCAUCUGCAACUCUCUAGAGGCCUACAACAAGCACAUAGAGGAGUUGAAGACGGAGAUGGAGGAAGCCACACAGAGUGCCAAAAGGAUCCGGGAAGACAUUCAGGAAAUGAGGAACAAAUAUGGCUCUGUGGAACCCCAGGAGAAAUGUGCGGCAUGUGACUUCCCGCUCCUGAACCGCCCCUUCUACCUCUUCCUCUGUGGGCACAUGUUCCACUACGAUUGCCUUCUGCAGGCAGUUUAUCCAAACUUGCCUGCCUACAAGCAGGCUAAACUGGAAGACCUUCAAAAGAAGCUCUCGGCCACAAGCCAGCCCUCCAAAUCCCACCACCGGCCUAAGGACACCGAUACUUCUAGCCAAGGAAAGGGACAGUUAAGCCGUGAGCAGAUGAAAGCUGACAUUGAUGAUAUUGUGGCAGCUGAAUGUGUGUAUUGUGGAGAGCUGAUGAUCCGGUCCAUUGACAAGCCUUUCAUUGAUCCACAGAGGUAUGAAGAGGAGAUGCAGAGCUGGCUGUAAGGCCAACAUGUUCCUGCCUGCACUGGAGCAUGAAACUGCCUGCAGAGAGAGCAUGAGGCUUGGCAGUUAACCACCAGGCACCUUAGGCAUGUGGGCUCCAUGGGGAUUUGAAAAAGUAUUACGCGAGUCUCACAAUCUGUAAGUUAGUGGGGCAAAGUGGGGUGUCAGUAAUGGUCAUUGCUACUAAGGCAAUUAUAUUGAAGCUCUACAAAGCACUCUUAACGGCUGCCUACACAAGGCUUCUUCAGAGACAUCCUUAAUAUGAAUUCUAAAUGGAUGUUUUUCUUGCUGAGAGGUAACCAAACAUUACUGCUUGUGUUACCAUAUCUGGAUUACGCCCAUAUUUCUAUAACGAAUUGGGCCGUGGUGGGGAUACACUUGUAUUGUUUUCAAAUGUGGAGCAUCUCCUGCUGUUUUUCUUGGUCGUGAGACUGAGAUCGCGUUCUGUGUCAGAAAUAUAAAAGGAGAAAAUGUGCAUGAAGUUCUGUUACGGACACACAUCCAUUGUCUUAAUAUGGCAGGCAUAGGCAAAUUCGGCCCUCCAGAUGUUUUUGGGACUACAACUCCCAUCAUCCCUAGCUAACAGGACCAGUGGUCAGGGAUGAUGGGAAUUGUAGUCCCAAAACACCUGGAGGGCCAAGUUUGCCUAUGCCUGUAAUAUGGCAUAAAAGCUUCACAUUUAGGCAAAGCAAUCCCAUGUAAAAUGCUACGUUUUUAUUUUUCUCUUUUGAGGUUGUGUUGUUCUUUUUUUCUAGUUUUCUGAAAGCUUAUGUCAGGUAGCUGCUUGUUAACAUUCUGUACUUUUCUUCGUUUUGUUCACAGAAUGCAGGAAAAAAACUAUGGCACUCUGAAAUGAUAGCAUUUGUGCAGAUCUAAAAUGUUCCAUGCUAGUUUUGUUGCCUUUUUAUUUUUUACACUAUCUCAUUUGAAUGUUCACACUGCCCCUCAUUAUAGCAGCACCUAGGCAUUCCUGGUCUUAACAGCUGUACACUAUUAGCUGCACAUUUUUGUGGACUGAUAUUAAAACAUAGAAUUGGAAACUCGCAUGUCGCCAACAGCAAAUCCAUCCUGAAGCUGGAGCACGACAAUUCAGGUUUCACAUCCUUAAAUGACCAUAGAAAAAUGGUGUGGUUGGAACAACUGUUGGAUGUAAGGUGAAAGGUAUCUUUCCUCCCUCCCUCUUUAAAGGUAAUAAUGAUGUGGAAUAGACUUUAGGUCACAAGGAAAGCCAGCUAAGGGACUCAAAGUUUAAAUCAUGUCAAAGGUACUAUGUAACUGGAACUACAUUUCCUCUUUGUUCUAGUCUCCCCCCCCCUUUUUUUACAUUCUUUAUUAUUCUGUAAAAUGUGGCAAAAUAGAACUACAUUUGGGAUACAAGGUUUCUAGUUCCUUAUGAUUUUUCCUGGAAAUAUCCCAGCUUCUUUAUAAAAGCAACCCACAGAACCAUCAGAAUGUCUGAUGCAAUUAUUUUGUGGCGUUAUUAUCAUAAUUAUUUUUAGACUGCCCUACUUUAAGAAACCAUUCAGCACAUACGAAGGGUGGAAAUUUGAAGUCUUGUAUGACCUACAAAACAAAAGGGAUUAUAUAGUGACAGAAGUCAAUAGGAAGCCACCACUCAUUCUUUCCAGGUACCAUACAAACUGUGACAAUCACAAAACAAUGAUUUUGUUUGUUUUCCCAUUGGUUUAAGAUACAAGUAAUUGAAAUCAAGAUGUUCCAUAAUUAAAUUCAUGCUAAGAAAACCAGGAGUUAUAAAAGAGUGGAGAAAAACAUUCCUCUCUUACCAAUACGGUAUGGAGGUACGGAUACCAAAUGAUGGAAAUGAAGGGGGCUAAAUUUGUUACUCAGAACUUGGCUUGUCGUCAGACACUUCAGCAUCAUUUUCUUGCUUAGAUUCAUCUUUUUCCUUUGCUCCUUUCUUCCCUUUGGCCACCUUUCAGUCGUCUCUCAUCAUUUGCUCCUUUUUCUUUAUCAGAUGCUUCUUUUGGGGGCUUUGACUGGUUUAGGUGGGUGGGGGCAAGUUUAGCAGAUAAUCUAGCUGAUUGUCUCAGUGGUGCCUCCAUUUCCUCACCUGCAGUUGCCGCCUUUCUUUUGGGCAGAGUUAAACCUUAAUAGAUGCAACCAAACAGCAUGAAUGGGGAGCACACGAUGGGUCCAGGCUGUGACUGAUCCACUCGCUCUUAGUUCUGGUUAUGAAUUACCUUUAAUAAUGAGCAAGGUUAUGUCUGAACUAGAGGGUUUCUAUGGUGAAGCUGCUUCUAAGGAUGUGCCUCAGUUGUUAUUUUUUAAAUGCACAUUAAACUUUUCUGAAAUGGUCAGCUG